ACAAACGCGAUUGGUGCCGAUGAGGACGCUGGUGAUUCCGCAAUACACAGGCAGAGCGGGCGAAGGGAACCAAGCAGUAACUCAGCCACAUGUUUAAACCAUCUAUUUGGAUAGAUUUAGUCCGGAAUUUGCUGUUUUAAAAAAAGAGGAAGACAUUAAGACAGCCAACUGAGACGGCGAUGGUGAUAUGAAUUAUUUGUUAAAGGUUUCGCGGGAAAGCUAGCAGAGCACAGCCGGCGAAUUCAAGCAGAGCCAGAGGAGCCCAACAGUUAGCUAGCUUUAGCCUGUUAGCUACCGUUAGCUCAGGAGCCGCUAAUCCGUCCACUCUCGCCAGACACCUGCACGCCGCGCUCCCCGGUGUUACACCUAACAAGCUGAUAACAGUCAACCCCGUGGGCCCCCACUCGAAUAUUUUCAAGUAUUUUUGUCUUAAAUCACGGGUUGGCACCAAAAAAAGGAGAGAACCACGACAGGUUGAGGUUGGGACCAGUAGGACGAAACAAGCGGUGUCCUCAAGUGGCCGUUCACCAUGGACAACGCACACACAAAGACGGUUGAAGAAGUUUACAGCUUUUUUAACGUGAAUGAAAGCACAGGUCUGAGUUUAGAGCAAGUGAAGAAACAACGGGAACGAUAUGGACCAAACGAACUGCCAGCUGAGGAGGGUAAGUCCCUUUGGGAACUGGUGAUUGAACAAUUUGAAGACUUGCUUGUGAGGAUCCUUUUACUUGCUGCCUGCAUAUCCUUUGUGCUGGCCUGGUUUGAAGAGGGAGAAGAAACCGUUACAGCCUUUGUGGAGCCUUUUGUUAUCCUACUUAUUCUCAUAGCAAAUGCCAUUGUAGGAGUCUGGCAGGAGCGAAAUGCAGAAAAUGCCAUUGAAGCACUAAAAGAGUAUGAGCCAGAGAUGGGGAAGGUGUACCGCCAGGAUAGGAAGAGCGUCCAGAGAAUCAAGGCCCGGGACAUUGUACCUGGAGACAUUGUUGAGGUGGCAGUUGGGGACAAAGUGCCUGCAGACAUCAGGCUGUCUUCUAUCAAGUCAACCACGCUGAGGGUAGACCAAUCUAUUCUUACAGGAGAGUCAGUGUCUGUGAUCAAACACACUGACCCGGUGCCUGACCCUCGUGCUGUCAACCAGGACAAGAAGAACAUGCUCUUUUCUGGCACCAACAUUGCAGCUGGUAAGGCUGUUGGUGUGGUGGUGGCCACAGGUGGCAACACAGAGAUUGGCAAAAUCCGAGAUGAGAUGGCAUCAACAGAGCAGGAGCGCACACCACUGCAGCAAAAGCUGGAUGAAUUCGGACAGCAACUAUCUAAGGUUAUUUCACUGAUCUGCAUUGCUGUGUGGAUCAUCAAUAUUGGACAUUUCAACGAUCCUGUCCAUGGAGGCUCCUGGAUUCGAGGCGCUGUCUACUACUUCAAGAUCGCUGUGGCUCUGGCAGUUGCUGCUAUCCCUGAGGGUCUGCCUGCUGUCAUCACUACUUGCCUGGCGUUAGGAACACGCCGCAUGGCCAAGAAGAAUGCCAUUGUCCGCAGUUUGCCCUCUGUGGAGACCCUUGGCUGUACAUCUGUCAUCUGCUCUGACAAGACCGGCACACUGACAACCAAUCAGAUGUCUGUGUGCAGGAUGUUUAUCAUUGACCGAGCAGAGGGCGAGCACUGUUCCUUAAAGGAAUUCACUGUCACAGGCUCCACAUAUGCCCCGAAUGGAGAAGUGUACCAUGAUGCAAAACCAGUCAAAUGUUCCCAGUAUGAUGCCUUGGUGGAGCUGGCCUCUAUCUGUGCUCUCUGUAAUGAUUCCUCAUUGGACUAUAACGAGACCAAAGGUGUGUAUGAGAAGGUUGGUGAGGCCACAGAGACAGCUCUCACAUGCCUGGUGGAGAAGAUGAACGUGUUUGAUACAGAUGUUAAAGGCCUUUCCAAGAUUGAGCGAGCUAACGCCUGUAAUUCUGUCAUCAAGCAACUGAUGAAGAAAGAGUUUACCUUGGAGUUUUCCAGAGACCGGAAGUCCAUGUCUGUGUACUGCACUCCUAAUAAAGCCCGCUCCUCUGUUGGCAAGAUGUUUGUAAAGGGUGCUCCUGAGGGAGUGAUUGACAGGUGCACACAUGUCCGGGUGGGCAGUAACAAGGUGCCCUUGACCCCCGGCAUCAAGGAAAAACUAAUGUCUGUCAUCAGAGAAUAUGGAACUGGCAGGGACACCUUGCGCUGUCUGGCUCUGGCCACCCGAGACAACCCCAUGAGCAAAGAUGAACUGGUGUUAGAGGACUCCACCCGCUUUAUUGAGUAUGAGACUGAUCUGACGUUUGUCGGCUGUGUGGGCAUGCUGGAUCCUCCCAGAGCAGAGGUGGCAGCCUCUAUUCGACUCUGCCGUCUUGCUGGCAUCCGAGUAAUUAUGAUCACUGGAGACAACAAGGGAACGGCAGUGGCUAUCUGCAGACGUAUUGGUAUUUUUGGUGAGGAGGAUGACGUCUCCAGCAUGGCUUUCACUGGCCGAGAGUUUGAUGAUCUUUCACCUGCUGCACAGAGAGAAGCUGUGGUCAAGGCCCGCUGCUUUGCUCGUGUUGAACCUUCACAUAAAUCCAAGAUUGUGGAGUACCUGCAGUCCUAUGAUGAGAUUACAGCUAUGACUGGUGACGGGGUAAACGACGCUCCUGCUCUAAAGAAGGCUGAGAUUGGUAUUGCCAUGGGCUCAGGCACAGCUGUGGCCAAGACCGCCUCUGAGAUGGUGCUGGCUGAUGACAACUUUGCCACCAUUGUAGCUGCAGUUGAGGAAGGCAGAGCCAUUUAUAACAACAUGAAACAGUUCAUCAGAUACCUCAUCUCUUCAAAUGUGGGCGAAGUUGUCUGUAUCUUCCUGACUGCGGCUCUGGGCUUCCCUGAAGCUCUCAUCCCUGUUCAGCUGCUCUGGGUCAACCUGGUGACUGACGGCUUGCCUGCCACCGCAUUGGGCUUCAACCCACCAGACUUGGACAUCAUGAACAAACCCCCACGCAACGCUCGCGAGCCCCUCAUCUCUGGAUGGCUCUUCUUCAGAUACCUAGCCAUUGGAUGUUAUGUGGGUGCUGCCACUGUUGGUGCUGCUGCCUGGUGGUUUGUUGCUGCUGAGGAUGGACCAAGGAUUACCUUUUACCAGCUGAGCCACUUCCUGCAGUGUGCUCCAGAGAAUCCAGACUUCCAGGAUAUGGACUGUAAGGUGUUUGAGUCCCCUUACCCUAUGACAAUGGCCCUGUCUGUGCUGGUCACCAUUGAGAUGUGCAAUGCCCUAAACAGUGUGUCAGAAAACCAGUCCCUGCUGCGUAUGCCUCCCUGGGAGAACGUGUGGCUGCUGGGAGCCAUCUGCCUCUCCAUGUCUCUUCACUUCCUUAUCCUCUAUGUGGAGCCUCUUCCAAUCAUCUUCCAGAUCACCCCUCUGAAUCUGACACAGUGGCUGAUGGUGCUCAAGAUCUCGCUGCCUGUCAUUCUACUGGACGAGUUUCUCAAGUUUGCCGCCAGGAACUACCUGGAGCCCGGUAAAGACUUGGAGAAGCCUGCCGGCUCCAAAGGCUGCUCCCUGUCUGCAUGUAUGGAGGGCAUCUCCUGGCCCUUCGUGGCCAUUUCCCUCCCCUUGGUCCUCUGGAUCUACAGCUCCGACACUAACAUGGCCGACAUGUUCUGGUCCUGACUGACUUGAGCACAACCUCGACUUUUCCAUCCCCCCACCCAUCCCCCCCACCCCACUGCCAUCACUUCACUCUUUCCUCUCCCUCUCUGCCUUCCUACAUGUGCAUAGCUAGUGUGUGUGCGCGUUUGUAGAGUUAGUGUGUGUGCUUGUGCGUGCCUACCGUGUGUGUACGAGAAGGACCAACUUUAACAUAUGAAACGUAACAAAUAAUAUAAAAUGUUAACAUUGAGAAGUCACCUGUUUUGAGUUGGGAUAGGAUUUUGUGAAUGGGUGAGUCUUUAAAUGCGAGUGUUAGAAGACCAUCACUCCUAUAGCUGUGGACUUGUUGGUUUGAAAGAAAAUAUACUGUUGCCAUUUUUUUUUUUUUUUUUUGGUUUGUUAAUGUCAAUAUUGCCUUUUGAGGUUUAUAUUUUUAAUGAUUUUGGGAAUAUUUUUUGUCUCAUGUCACUACAGUAACAGGAGAUUGUUUUGCUUAGGUUCCCUCUUCAUGAAAAGAAAAUUUAAGAUAUCAGAAAUUCAUUGAUUUGUACAGAGAAUGAACACUAUUUUAUGCAAAAAAUUUUUUUUAAUGGCUCUGUAAAUUGUUUGACCAGUGUGGCUUAGACAUACCGCCUUGAUUUAUUUUCUAAUGUUUACCAUUGUGUCUUCAGUAUAAACUCAGAACUCUUUCAGAGAGGACCACCUCCAUGUGGCAGACGAGGAUGGGGAAAGGUUUGGGAGUGAACGUUUGAAUGCUCCGCUUAAACAAAAGAAAAAAAAAUCCUGAAAAAGAAAAGCCGCAUGUCCUGUGACCAAGCAUGAACUGUGUGUGGAUUCUCAUUUCUAAUUUAACUGUGUAUCCUGCCCCCCCCCCCCACCCACCCACCCCCCAUUGUUAGAGUAUAAAUUAACUUCAUGGAUGUUUUUUUUUUUUUAUUAUUAUCAUGAUUUGAAAAUAAGCCAGUUUUUCUGCACUGGGCAGAGCACAGCUACCUCAAUAUGAUAAAAGAAAUGUUUUUGCUCAUCUCUAGAUGCUUUUCCUCUAUGGUCUUGCUAGAGCGUAACAUCUGAGGUGUGCCCCUAUUUGCUUGUGCAGAAAACCAAGAACACAAACUUCCUUCACUCUAACACUUUUAAGGAUAUAUAUUGUUUGUAUUGAUUGACAUUCAUUAACUUUAUUUGUGUUUUGCUCUGGAGACAGAACUGGUUGGGGAUGGUGUAUGUUAAUUACCAUCUCCAUGGCGUUUGAUUCAAAGGACAGUAAUAUUAAAGUCUUAAGGAAAAAAUACUAAUACAAAUACUCCAACUUGAACUUGGAUUGCAAAUAAGAACCCAAAAUGUUGUUUUUUACUUCAAGGAAAAAUACACUUUUGAAACCUUUGAAUCAAAGUGUUUUCUGUCUUUAUUUAAUAGAUUGAGGCCAAUGGUUAUCAACAUUAUUCAUAUCCAGUGUUUUUGUAUGUGCAUUAUACUUGAAUACAAAUCAUUUCAGACAUAUGAAUGCUUCAGUUUUCUUGGCACAACAUGACGGGAAGGAGAUAUUCACAACACAGUGGAACAGAUCUUGUGUGAAUUUGACUUGCAGGCUUUAAUAUUUGGAGAUCUUAGUUUGUGUUGGGCAUACCAUACUUUGUGGUAGUGUAUACGUGUUGGGUCAGAGCCCAGUCAACUGCACUAAUCCUGAGAAUCCUUUUGUAUGGAAAUUUCCAAGUGUGAGAAAAACCCCUGUCUAAAGCAUGUGUUUUUUCGGGGUAGAAGCCUGGGUGUGUUUGUGUUCCACUUAACAACUGUGUGCUUUCUUCCUCAAUGCCUUCCAUUGGCUCCCCUGUCACUAGAGUUGGCUCUCAUAAAAAGCUUCAUAAAACUUAAAGAGUGGGCUCAGAGGCUGGAGUUGUCCUACCAUCCAGCAUGUGUGCUCACUCUAACCUCACACACCUCAGACACCAUGAUGACCAGCAGUGUGUGUACCUUUGCACCAACAAAAAAAAAAAAAGGACAUGUUUUCACAGUAAUAAGACCAAAUACAUAACGGUGUAUACUAUAUAAAGUGGUUGGGCUGGAAACAUAGGUCCUUGGCCCCAUGCACCACAACACAUGAACACAAUUAUACCUCUGUGUGCAGAUGCUAUAUCAAUAUGACACUAUUCCAGUUUUGUGUGCAGGGAAGUUCUCGACACCCUCAACGUCCCUUCUUGCAUGAAGAAUUUGUUUCCAACUUUCAUGGUAGCGUAGAGAAUCUUUGAAACCACUUGGUUGAAUGGUCUUAGCUGUACAUCAGUGUACAGAAAUCAUGCAUGUGUUUCAGCUGUAUGUAGGCUUUGCAAUUUGUAUUUAUAGAUUCUAAUGUAUAAUACUCCAAUGACAUAUUAAGAUGGUUUUAAGAUGGAUAUAUAUAUCGUAGAUAUUGGGAAAUCACUGUUUUUAUUGUAACGGUUUGGGUAAUUUGCACAAUAUUAGACAAUGAGAAGUGACUCAUGCUGAACCUGACUGCUCUACUUGAGUUUGAUUUUUAAUCCUCUCCCUGUUAACUGCUGUGGGCCGAUCACUGAACCAUUUACAUUCUGAUGAAUUAGUCCUUUUGAAAUGAGGACUACAGACUGGUUAUCCUGCAAUACAACAGUGUUCUCCUGUUUUCAUAUAGCCUCUGCAUUAUUAUUAUUAUCAUGUAUCCUUAUCAACUGCUGUAAAACUGUGAUCUAAUGUGAGGGGGCCUGUGCAGUCCCUUCAGUAACUCCUGGUCGAAGAACAAUAUUAACCAUGUGUAAAAAGACGAUCAUUAUUGAGGAUGAAUAAUGAUUGUAGAUGCAUUACUGAGGUUGUGGUUUCAGGUAAAUAAAAUAAUAUAGUAUUUGAA